AUGUAUUAGGCAAUCAUAAUAUCAGACAAUCGCUAGCUUCAGAAUUAUAGUGGGUAGAAUUAUGAAUGGAAAUAGUAGGUUAAUGGAAUAUUGUAUCCAAAAGGAGGCCAAAUUUAAUUGCUAAACAGUAAAAAGAAAAAGACUGUAAGGGAGUUUAUGAUUUUCAUUGUUAUAUUAUGA